UCCAUAUGCAUUGAAAGAUUCAGCAACUGGCACAGAAAUGACUGCUUGGACAUCAGCUGGGCUGCAACCAACUACCGGAUAUUACUCAUACGACCCGAUGUCCGCUUAUGGUUACGGCCCCAGCUACGAUUUGGCUGCGCGUCGAAAAAAUGCAACACGUGAGUCCACAGCCACACUAAAAGCUUGGCUUAAUGAACACAAAAAGAAUCCCUACCCAACCAAAGGUGAGAAAAUUAUGUUGGCCAUCAUUACAAAGAUGACGCUGACACAGGUCUCCACAUGGUUUGCGAAUGCGCGCCGACGGCUCAAGAAGGAGAAUAAAAUGACUUGGGAGCCAAAGAAUCGCACAGACGACGAUGAUGAAGCAAUGGUUUCUGAUGAAGAGAAGGAAAAGGAUGAAUUGGAAAGUGAAAAGAUAUCACAAGGCAUGCACAGUGGAAGUAUUGGGGGCGGACAGCGAAAAGAGCUUGAAAAAGACGACGAUGAUCUGCAGGAUGAUGAGUCAAAAUCGUUAGGUUCACACACGAACGAACUUCGUAAUCAAAGCAUCGGUUUUUCGGGUUCCAGCGUUGGCAGUGCUCCGAGCGGUGGCUACCAUGGUUCCGAUGGCACAUCAAAUCAUCCACAUAGCUACCAUCCCUACCAUCAUCAGCAUCCCGCCUACUAUCAGCAUCAGCAGGCACUAUUGGCAGCUAGCGGCUAUCCGACCGGUGGUAUGCUUAGCAGCAAUAAUAACAAUAAUGUAAACAAACAUGAUGGUAGCGAUCCAAAAAACCAGCUGAGCCGGGACUGUGGCGUGCCGAUUCCAGCAAGCAAGCCCAAAAUCUGGAGUUUGGCCGACACAGUCGCCUGCAAGACACCACCGCCAGCACAAGCAGCAGCAUAUAUGGGCCAGGCGCAGCAGCAGCAUCAGCAGCAUCAACAGUCGCAACAACAACAACAUCCCAUGCAGCAGGCGCACAUGAACAGCAGCGGUAUGGGCAACCAUAUGGGUUUGUCACAGCAGCCGCCGCCGCCGCCGCAGCAGCAACAGAUGCAACAGCCAUCAGCGCUGGGAGCACCACCACCGGCAACACAUAUGAUGAUGAGCAAUUACGGCGCCGGCACAGCCUUCUCGCGGGCGCCGCCUACCACAGCUUACGGGGGUUUUCUAGGGGCUACAAUGCAGCAGCUACAUACUACGAACAAUACCCCAUACAACAGCAGCAGCAGCAGCAACAACAACAACUCCAGUCUCCAACACAACAGCAGCAACAUUAUCAACGGCAGCAACAACAACAACGGUGCGGCCCAUACCAAUAUCAUCCCUAUCAGCACGCGUAUCGCGGCAAAUACUACGGCUCAGUCGGUGGCACCAUCGGCAGCGCCGCAUCCACCGCCCACACACAUGCGCUCGAACAACAACACCAGCGCACCACAUCAUCCGUACGGAGCGGCUCAGCGGGGGAUGGGGUUUCCAGAAGCCCAACCCGAUACUCCACCCCAAACUCCGCCGAAUAUGAAGCUGCAGAGCGUGGCAGCGAAUCUUUUGCUUACCGCUUCGCAAAUCCCUACGAUCGCUACUUGUCGCAGUAAUGGCAAUGCUGGGGGUGGUGCAGGUGCGCUAGGUAUGAGCGGCGGUUCAGCGUAUGGAUCAGCUAACGGCAUGCGUGGUUAUGCAAUGAAUUAUUCGACACGUUUUGACGAGUACUCGCCACGCGAUGAGAGCUCGAGCGGUUCGAGCAGUUGCAGCUCAACGGAUUCAACACGUUUGCAGCAGCAUGAUUCGCCAUACAAGGCAGCAUAUAAAAGCCAACAACUCGCUGGCUUUGUAUCGCCCGUUUAAGAGCUGUCAAAUUCAGGAGACAAAUAAUAGCAUGACUCUUGAGAUCUUCUAGUGGCAAGACUUUUUCUUUACUUCUAACAUUUGGGACAUUGUGCAAAUAUAAAUCAACUGAAGAGUAAAAAAAAAAUUCAGUAAAAAUAAUUUAAAUUAACUAAGAUUUAUUAUUAAACUGUUAUAAUUUCGAGCAUAUAAAACUAAUAAAAAAUAAUUUGCUAAUCGGCACUACAUUUAGUUAGUUAUAAGUGUAAAGCUAGUUAAGCUCCUAAAUCAUGCAAACAUUUAACAGCAAAUUAAAAAGAGAAAAAUAUAAACAUUAUCCUUGCAUUAAUAAAUUUCGAAAUAUAAUAAAUACAUAUGUAAGUGUUAAGUAAAAUUUUCGACUGUGAUAAACUACUGACAACUUGUUAGUUUACUUUUUGAGUGUAAUCUGUAUUGUACUACUACAUACACCCACACACAUUGUGCAAAUAUACAUUACAAAUACAUACAUACACACGUAACAAUAUUUAAUACCAAUUUAACUUAAUUUAAUAUUUAAUACAUUAUAAUAAAAUAC